CUCUCUCCCAGCGAAAGUUCGGGUUCCGCCAAGGGCUGGGAGUUGGUACCAGGGAAGCAGCGAAGAUCCCGUCUCCUGACGUAGGCUUUUUCCUACUGUCAUGUCUCAAGGCAUCCUCUCCCCGCCGGCAGGCUUGCUGUCCGAUGAGGAUGUCGUAGUAUCUCCUAUGUUUGAGUCCACAGCUGCAGAUUUGGGAUCUGCAAUGCAUAAGAAACUGUUGUCAGACUGCUCUGUCAUUUCCACCUCCUUGGAAGACAAACAGCAGGUUCUGUGUGAGGAUAAUACAGAGAAGGUAAAAGUAUAUCUCCGAGUCAGGCCCUUGUUACCUUCAGAGUUAGAAAGACAUGAGGAUCAGGGCUGUGUACGUAUUGAGAAUUUGGAGACCCUUGUUCUGCAAGCACCUAAAGAUUCAUUUGCUCUAAAGAGCAAUGAGCGGGGAAUUGGCCAAGCCACUCACAGGUUCACAUUUUCUCAGAUAUUUGGGCCAGAAGUAGGACAGGCAAACUUCUUCAACCUGACUGUGAAGGAGAUGGUAAAGGAUGUACUCAAAGGACAGAACUGGCUCAUCUAUACAUACGGAGUUACCAACUCAGGGAAAACCCACACAAUUCAAGGUACCAUCAAGGAUGGAGGAAUCCUUCCCCGGUCACUGGCUCUGAUCUUCAAUAGCCUCCAGGGACAACUUCAUUCAACACCUGAUCUGAAGCCAUUGCUCUCCAAUGAGGAAGAGCUAUCUACUUCCUUGAAGAAGAAUGUCUACAUUGAAAGUCGGAUGGGUACUAGCACCAGUUUUGAUAGUGGCAUUGCUGGGCUCUCUUCAAGCAGUCAGUUUACUAGCAGUAGCCAACUGGAUGAAACAAGUCAACGGUGGGCACAGCCAGACACUGCCCCAGUUAGUGUCCCAACAGACAUUCGCUUCUCUAUCUGGAUCUCCUUCUUUGAGAUCUACAAUGAACUGCUAUAUGACCUGUUAGAACCACCUAGCCAGCAGCGUAAGAGGCAGACUCUACGGCUGUGUGAGGAUCAAAAUGGCAAUGCUUAUGUAAAAGAUCUCAAUUGGAUUCAUGUUCGAGAUGCUGAAGAAGCUUGGAAACUCCUCAAAGUCGGUCGUAAGAACCAGAGCUUUGCCAGCACCCACCUUAAUCAGAACUCUAGCCGAAGUCACAGUAUCUUCUCAAUCCGAAUUCUGCACCUUCAGGGGGAAGGAGAUAUGAUCCCCCAAAUCAGCGAGUUGUCACUCUGUGAUCUGGCUGGCUCAGAGCGCUGCAAAGAUCAAAAGAGUGGUGAACGGCUAAAGGAAGCAGGGAACAUUAACACAUCUCUGCACACCCUGGGCCGUUGUAUUGCUGCCCUUCGCCAAAACCAGCAGAACCGGUCUAAGCAGAACCUGGUUCCCUUCCGUGACAGCAAGUUGACUCGAGUGUUUCAAGGCUUCUUCACAGGUAGAGGCCGUUCCUGCAUGAUUGUCAAUAUCAAUCCCUGUGCAUCUACCUAUGAUGAGACACUGCAUGUGGCUAAAUUUUCAGCCAUUGCUAGCCAGCUUGUACAUGCCCCACCUAUGCAUCUGGGACUCCCAUCCCUGCGUUCAUUCAUCAAAGAGCACAGUCUUCAAGCAUCAUCUGGCUUAGAAAAAGGGAGUAAGGCAGACCUAGGUCUUGAUGACCACAUUGAAAAUGAAGCUGACAUCUCUGUAUAUAGCAAGGAGGAGCUCCUUCAGGUGGUUGAAGCUAUGAAAACAUUGCUUUUUAAAGAACGACAGGAAAAGCUGCAGCUGGAGAUGCAGCUCCGUGAUGAAAUUUGUAAUGAGAUGGUAGAACAGAUGCAACAACGGGAACAGUGGUGCAGUGAACAUUUGGAUGCCCAAAAGGAACUAUUAGAAGAAACAUAUGAAGAGAAACUAAAGAUCCUUAAGGAAUCACUAACAACUUUUUACCAAGAAGAGAUUCAAGAGCGGGAUGAAAAAAUUGAAGAGCUAGAAGCUCUCUUGCAAGAAACCAGACAGCAGCAGGCUGUGACUCAUCAACAGUCAGGACCUGAAUUGUCCCUGCGACGGUCACAGAGGUUGGCAACUUCUGCCACCACACAGCAGCUCCAGGAGGCUAAAACUAAACUAGAACAAUGCAAAGCAGAGCUAAGCUCCACCACUGAAGAGCUACAGAAGUACCAAAAAAUGUUAGAACCACCACCCUCAGCCAAACCUUUCACAAGUGAUGUGGACAAGAAGUUAGAGGAAGGCCAGAAGAACAUAAGGCUGCUGCGAUCAGAACUUCAGAAAGUUGGCCAGUCCCUCCAAUCAGCAGAAAGGGCCUGUUGCCACAGCACUGGAGCAGAAAAACUUCGUCAAGCUUUUACCACUUGUGAUGACAUCUUAAUCAAACAGGACCAGACCCUGGCUGAGCUGCAAAAUAACAUGAUGCUAGUGAAACUGGACCUUCGGAAGAAGGCAGCAUGCAUUGCUGAGCAGUAUAAUACUGUCCUAAAGCUACAAGGCCAGGCUUCUUCUGCCAAAAAACGCCUUGGUGUCAACCAGGAAAACCAACAACCAGAUCAGCAACCACCAGGGAAGAAACCAUUCCUUCGAAACUUACUUCCCCGAACACCCACCUGCCAAAGCUCAACAAACUGCAGUCCUUAUGCUCGGAUUUUACGCUCAAGGCACUCUCCUUUACUCAAAUCUGGGCCCUUUGGCAAAAAAUACUAAGGCUAUAGGGAAGAGAAAUACAGCUAUUGCCCUGAAGUGGAACAAUUGCUCAGCCUAAUACUCUUAAGCUUUGCCAUAUACUUGGAACUUUAUCCAGAAUGUAAUACUCAGAUAUUAUUUUUUCCUCUUUUGUAUUAUAAUCACCUGUAUAAUCUCAUUCUUUUCACAUAUGGUUUUUAUGCACACAAAAAUUUAAAUAAAGAUAUUAUUGUUCACAUUUUUAUUUGAAUUCCAAAUUUAGCAAAAACAUUAAAGCAACUUUUAAAAAAAGGCAGAAAAACUGACACAAACUUCAUUUCAUUCUAGCUAAUGGGAAUCUUGCACAGGAAUAGCAAUAGAAACCAGACACUAACUAGUGAAAGAAGGCUUAAUAAGAAAUGAAUCCAAGUGUCACUAGAUAGUCUUAAGCUUUAAUAUAAAAUGAAGUAUCACACAUUAAAAGGUGAGUAAAAAUGUUCAAGGAACAACACAAGGAUGGAUCCUAAGCUCAGAAUAACCCAUAGCAUCUCUUGUAUAAAUUCAUUACAACAGACAAAUAGCAUAUUAUCUACUGAACACAUGCACAGGCCUGAAACCUUCAAUGAGCACCAUAACAAUGAUUCCCAUAUGGUCUAAACAAAUAGGGCUGGGGGAAAAAAAAAAAGUAUUAGAGAUAAGAAAAACA